AAGUGGGUUGAUUUGAGUUUAUUUUAGUAAGGCAAUCCACUAGCCACCUAUACAAGGGGGGGUCCUUUCCCGGGAAAUAUUCCCACGUGAUUGCAGGCAUGGACUGACUGCAAGUUUGCAAAUCAGAGAUUAUUAAUGUUAUUAUUAUUAUUAUUAUUAUUUUUAAAAAAUAUUUUUCAGUUGCAUUCAUUCCUGGCUUUGCGUCCAUUCCUGGCUUUGCUGCGGCCGCUCUCCCGUUGGAAGCCUCUUGGCAAACUUGGAAAUCGAACCUCCCCGUGCAGGAAUUGUCUACCCGGAGCUGGAUUCGCCUAGCCAGCAUGGCUUCAGACGAAGGGUUGCUUAUUAAUAUCAGCACGUCGCCUCUGCCCAGGCCCCACCGCCGCCCCCCUGCAGGACAGAGACCCCCCAACCCACAAUGGGGCCGAGGGAAAAAGGCCAUGAAAAGAACAUUAGAAGGUGCACAAGAAGCCAGUCCCGUAAAAAAGCAGCGUGCUUCUCUGGUGCCCCAGGCCAAAAAGCCAUGGAAAAAAACCAAACGUCACAACAAAGGAACUGGGCCACCAAGAUCAUCUCCGGAAAAGCUUUCGUCUGAAACCAGAGAAGAUGACUUCAACAAGAGACCCUUUGUGAAGACUUCCAGCCUCUUUAAAAACAAUCCAGAAAUCCCUGACAUACAGAGAACUGCCGUGAAACAAGUUCAAGAGGAGAUUUUCACCUCAGAUUCCUUUGAUCAACUGGAUCUUCAUCCUCACUUGACUUCAACAAUAACCUCUUCUUUGAAACUAUCAAGCAUGACCAGGUAAAAGGAUGUAUGUUAGUUUGGGGCAUAUGAAUGCAAGAAAUAUAUUCUAACAAACAAAUACCUGUAUAUAUACAGAUACCAGACUCAGUUAAAGCCAUUUUAGGUAUAUAGGUAUUUUAGGGCAUAUAUACAUAGUCAACCCUGAAACUGCC